AUGGACCCAGCUUAUAAGAAGGUUAAUAGAAGAGACCCUUCUAGUCCUCAAUAUACACAGUUUAAUUUAAAAUUAGCCCCUCCCCUCACAGAAACUACAAAAAAUACAAAAGAAAAAAACCCAACAAAAGUACCCAAAUCUAUCUUACUAAUUAAACCUCAAGAGAUAAAUAUACAAGAGGAGCAAUUACAAGAAAAUGCUGUACCUACCUUUGACAACAAAGAGAGCUCAGAAGAAAUCAUUAAAGACCCAACUGAAACCAACUUAGAAAUAGCAAACACAGGGCCAACUACUGCUAAAGAAAAAGAAGUCAAAGACAAUUCAAAAGCUCUAGAGCCAAUACCCAUACAAAAAAAAGACAUGGACCAUUUGUUACAUAACCAGCUACCAAGAAAUGAGCUUACAAUGGCCAACCUAGUACAAAUCUUUGUUUUACAAAACCUUAACACAAAUGAAAAAGAAAAUACCCACUCUAACAUUGAUAACAAAGGCUUUAUAACAGUAACCAACAAGAAGAAAAACAAUAAAAGGACCUCUAAAAGUUAG